AUGGCUGCUCUAGAAGCCGAUUCUGUUAAUGGUAAAAAUUAUGAAACAAAACCAAAAUAUCGUUUAUUUUUGGAAAAAUUAGUUUAUGAUUGGUCUCUCGAUUAUUCGGCAAUGAUUGCCUACAGUUUAUUAGUAUCACUUGUACCGAUUGCUGUGGCAUUAUUUGGUAUUUUAGCGAUAGUAUUAGGUAAUGAUAAUAGUUUACAAGAUAAAAUAAAAACAAGAAUAAUAACAUCAUUUCCAAAUGAGACACGUGACGGUUUAACACAUCUAUUAGAUAUGGCUUUUAAUCAAUUAUCAAAAGAUGCUGGUAUUAUUUUGGCUAUUGGUAUUAUAUUUGCUGUUAUUGUUGGCUCAAGAUUAUUUGUAGCAAUUGAUGAUUGUUUAACAAUCAUAUAUCGAACACAAGAGCGAACAUUUUUAAGACAAAAUAUAUUAGCAAUAAAAACAUUAUUUUUAUUUAUUGUACUUAUUUUACUUAUGAUUGCAACAUCUUCAGCUCCAUCAGUUUUUCUCGGUUCAAUUCCUGGUACAUUUGGUCGUACAAUAACAUUUAUAGCUGGAUUUCUAACAAGUUUAGGUCUAUCAUUUUUACUUUUUGAAUUUAUCUAUCAUUUUAUACCGAAUAAACCGAUGACAUUAAAACAAACAUGGUGUGGUGCAUUACUAGCUGGUAUUCUAUUACAAAUAUAUUUAAUUUUAUUUCCUCUCUAUGCAACCAAAUUUAUGACAAAUUAUGCUGGACAAAUUGGUUUUGCCGUUAUUCUAUUAUUAUUUUUCUAUUAUUUUGCUGCCAUUUUAAUAUUGGGUGCUCAAAUAAAUGCAUUUUUUUACGAACAAAUUCAACCAUUUCCAUGUGCCUUUGGGACAUUUAUUCAAAAUGCAUAUAAUGAACAUAUUAAUGGUGAAGGUCGACAAUUGUUAGCGGGAAGUAUUGGUGAUGUAUCAUACAGUGCUGUAUCAUAA